AUGAGGCUUCCUGCAUGCAGAGUGUCCUCAAAUGUCUACUUUGCAGUUGAGAUCCCUAGUCACUGGAGUGAUAUGAAGCAGCAGCGUGUCUCUCUAGUUGAGCUACAGCCUGGCCAACCAGAAUACAGCAAAGUGGCAGAUGCCUUCAAUGAGACCUGUUCACAAUUCAAGAGAGAGAAGAUUGAGAGAAUCCAGAAUCCAAGUCUCUGGCAGUUCUACCAGACAAAGAAAAAAACCAUGGAUGAAAAGAAUGGCCAUAUACAAAAUGAGCGGCUGCUCUUCCAUGGGACAGAUGCUGACUCCUUGCCACAUGUCAAUCAACAUGGCUUUAACCGCAGUUAUGCAGGAAAGAAUGCGACGAACUAUGGAAAGGGAACCUACUUUGCUGUCAAUGCCAAUUAUUCUGCCCAUGAUACUUACUCCAGACCAGACGCAAAUGGGAAAAAGCAUAUGUAUUAUGUGCGUGUCCUCACUGGAUUGUACGCACUUGGAAAUACUUCAUUACUUGUGCCUCCUGCAAAGAAUUCUCAAAAUCCUCUUGACCUGUAUGAUACUGUCACAGAUAGAGUGAGCACUCCAACUUUAUUUGUGGUAUUUUAUGACUACCAGGCUUACCCAGAAUACCUCAUUACUUUUAAAAAAUAACAUUUUGGUAUCCUGCACAGAAGACAUUAUUUAUCUACACAAGUGAUUUUCAACCUUUUUCAUCUCCUGGCACACAUAAACUAAUUGCUAAAA